UAAUCCUAAGAAAUAUUCAAUAUGGUGUUACCCUUGUCUUUAUUGAAAGCUGCACAAGGUCAGCCAGUGUUGGUUGAACUGAAGAGUGGCGACACGUACAAUGGUCACUUGGUGAAUAUUGACUCAUGGAUGAACUUGAACUUGAGAGAAGUAGUAUGGACUUCACGAGAAGGUGAUCGCUUUUGGAAAAUUGCCGAAAUUUAUGUACGAGGAAAUACUGUCAAGUAUUUGAGAGUUCCUGAAGAAAUUGUGGAUACCUUGACUGAUCAACAAAGUCAAACUACUGAUAAAUCUUCCUCUUUUCCAAAGAAUAGGAGACCUGGUUCAAGAGGUAACAAAGUUUUUAGAAGAAAGCUACUAAACAAUUCUGCUCUUAGGAAAACGACGUUGGGGUUCAUAACUUGAAACGAAAAUGAAUAACGGUUGAAGCUU